GAGAAACCGUUGGCCUUUACUCAAAAAAAGAGAAGAAGCGUGGGCCAGAAAGCCUAAUCGGUGUGCCUUUCGCAUUCUUCGACGUCCCCGGCGAAAACGACCGCCGCCGCGGCCGGGGGGAAUCAGGCGAGCGGCGCAUCGUGCGUCGAUAGGUGGUCCUGGGAGCGCGCGGACGGCGACGGACGCGCACGUCCACUGAGACUGCUCCACUUCCCUGGCCCCGUCGUCCCGUCUAAGUCGCCGGCGGCGUGGAGGCAGCGAUGCUGCGGACGGUGCUGCGCCGGGGAGGGGCGGCCAUGAGGCAGGCCGCGCUGGCCGAGGGAUCUACGGGGAAUCUUCUACGGCUGAGCGUGGCGGAGCGGGAGCGCUCUCGGCGGCGUCGGCGCGACCCGGGGCGCGACGAGUUCUUCGUGCCGACGCCGGAGUCGCUUAAAUGGCUCGACUCCGUGACCCUGCCCAUGAUCCUCACCGCCGCCGCCGUCGCCCUCUUCACCAAGCUCCUCAUGAUGGAACAUGAAGCCACAGACCAAGAAAGGAGAGAACGCAAGAUAAAGAAUAGUCACCCUGAGCAAGGAACAGUAAGGAUGCUUUCACGUGAAGAGUGGGAUGAAAUCCAAGAAGUCAGGCCAAGGACCCCUUUUGAAUCAAAGUUAGCUCGUCCACAUGCCUGCUUAAGAACUGGGGAAAAAGUGCGGCUGGAGGAUGCCAAGGAUUGGGCUGUUGAUGUGCUCACUGAUGUUUUUACUAGAGCGGAAGAGAGUGCUAGGCGGAAAUGAUUCAGAAGAAAGGCACAGCAGCCAACACAUCCAGUUUGAAGUUUUUCUUUGGAGGAAACACUUUGGGGUUUUUCUUGAAUGCGCAUUUCAUGGUUUCUUUUGAAGUUUGAGUUGCCGACUCCUCAUAAAUGGUAACUUGCGCGGUGAGCUAUGGUAGCCGUGUAGAAUAGAUUUUCCUUGCUACUGUGUAUAUACAUACUCCUACAUACGGUUCCUUGCUAUGCUCGUAUCGUUUGUUUGAAUGCAAA